AUGGCAGCUUCCAUAUUGAUGAUAAUCAGUGGAAUUCUUCUGGCUAUUGAAGCCCUUGUUGGAUUGGUAGCAAAUGGAUUUAUUGUCCUCAUGAAUUACAUUGACUGGUUCAGAAGCAGGAAAAUAUCCCCAAAUGACCAGAUCCUGACCUGUCUUGGCUUGUUCAGACUUCCAUGGCUGGUACUGAUAAUUCUGUAUGUAACUACAACCUUGGCUAAUGGCAAAUGUAAUUGUCAUUUUGAAUAUCUAAUACUUCCCGUCUUGUGGAUAUUUACAGACAUUACCACUGUUUGGUGUGCCACUUGGCUCAGCGUUUUCUACUUGGCAAAGAUUGCCACCUUCUCCCACCCCAUUUUCCUCCAUGUGAAGCAAAGAUUUUCAGGAUUGGUGCCCUGGUUGCUUCUGGGAUCAGUUGUCUUCUCUGCUAUUAUGACUCUUGUUGUGGUCGCAAGCUUGAGCAACGGCUUCUCCAUUUGUGAUUCCAACAAAUCAAUUUUGAACAUCAGUGAUUCAGAAAUUACACCCCCUGACCUAUAUAUUUACCUAGUUUUUCUAGUUGCUGUCCCAAAUGUCAUUCCUUUAAUCAUAUUAAUGUCAUCGUCCAUCUUGUUAAUGACUUCUCUGUGGAUGCACACAAGACGUAUGCAAGGCAAUGGAACUGGCAUCAAGGACCUCAACACUCAAGCUCACAGGACUGCCAUCAAAGCUCUGGCUUCCUUUGCUGUUCUAUACCUGUUUAGUUUUUUAGCAGUCACUGCUCAGGCAGUAAUGCUCUGGAAACAUGUGGACGACACUUGGCUAUUUAUGAUGGUUGAUAUCGUAAUUGUGUCUUAUCCUUCUGGACAUGGCACUAUCCUGAUACUAAUUAAUCCCAGACUAAAACAGGUAUGCGUCAGGAUGGGGUUCCACUUAAAAUGCUGCUCUGGUGAAAUGCCUUCUUAA